AUGCCGCACCGAUACGGUCCGGCGGACGUGGUCCAUCAGGACGAGCUCCACACGCUCAGGCUCCCUGACCGCCGCCCAAAGCCACCAGUCUCACACAGCUUCAGCAAUUCAUGGGCCAGCACACCCGACAUCAAUCCAGCACUGCCUCCUCCGCACCAAGCUCAGCAACACCAGCGGUGGUGCACCGGGUGGCUCCAUGUCCGCACUCAUCUCGCCAGCUGCCGAGUCGCUGCCCACUGCUCAUUUGGGCCACUGGCAUGCCGCACCGAUCUAGUCCAGCGGGCGCAGCUCAAUAAGACAAGCGCCACACGCUCUGCACGCUCCGUCUCCCUGCUCGCCGCCCGUAGUCGCCAGCCUCUUCAGCCACCAGCAGUUCAUCCGGGCCAGCGCACCCGCACAGCAACCCCGCGUCAACUCCAGCCAGAGCCACCCCGUACACCAGUCCAUUCGCCAGCCCGCUGCAGUCUUUCGCCGCUAGCUCUGCUGCUACACUUGAGCUCUCGUCAGGUUUGCUUCUUCUUCGCCAGAUCGUCUUCUCGCCGUCCGCCAAGGGUUCACCUGUUGAAGAAACUUAAUUUCUUCUGCCAUUGCCCCAGUCCAGGGCACCUGUAUCCCACUUCUGACACCAAUGUUGAUUAUUACACAGUGAAGAGCUCAGUUCCUCUGGGUCGCCUGCUCCUAGUGCGCUUAGAGAAAGAGUGUUACUGGUUGGAGGAUAAUUGGUACUGCCGCUAUGUUGAGGUCACGCCUGCAGCAGGAGGAAACUCUCAAACAUUCCCCUGUUAUUGCUGGCUAGUGGGAAAUAUGACAGUAGAGAUACGUGAUGGUACAGCUAGGAAGCUGAGUGAUGAGAUUCUUCCUGAGGAGCUGACUCAUAGACAAGCAGAGCUACAGCAAAGACAGAAAAUAUAUAGAUGGGACAAAUCGACUUCAGGCAUUCCCAAAUGCAUAGACUCAAAGACAGAGGCAGACCUACCCCAGGAUGUUCGCUUUUCCAAUGAGAAGAGCUGUGACUUUGAAGAAUCAUUUCAGUUAGCGAUUAUAGAACUUUCUUUGAAGAUGUUUGCCAACCAGUUUAAGAAGUCCUGGAAUAAUGUGGAAGAUUUUGAGCAAAUAUUUUGGAAACUGAAUAGUCCCAUAUCCGUAUAUGUCAAGAAACACUGGAAGGAGGACUUGUUCUUCGGGUAUCAGUUCAUGAAUGGCUCAAAUCCACGAAUGAUCCAGAGGUGCAGGUGUCUGCCCUCCAACUUUCCUGUUUCUGGAGAUAUGGUGCAGGCCUUCCUAAGCCCUAAGACUACUCUGAACAAAGAGCUCAAGGCUGGAAAUGUGUACCUUGUUGACUAUGCAAUAAUGGAUGGUGUCCCUGCAAAUGUGAUCAAUAACAUGAAACAGUACAUAGCAGCUCCUUUGUGUUUACUAUAUGAUUAUCCAGACAAAGGCCUUAUUCCUAUUGCCAUACAGCUUGAGCAGCAUCCAAGCAAGGACACCCCAAUCUUCCUACCAAAUGACCCACACCUUGCCUGGUUAUUGGCUAAAAUAUGGGUUCGUCAUGCAGAGUUUCAGAUGUUCCAGGUUGUGUCUCACCUGCUGCGCACUCACCUUGUAAUUGAGGUGUUCUGUGUGGCCACACUGCGCCAACUCCCUUUAGUCCACCCAAUAUACAAGCUGCUCGCUCCUCAUCUGAAGUACACACUAGAGAUAAAUACUCGCGCACGCACGAAGCUUAUCUCUGAUGAUGGCGUCUUUAAAAGGGUGGUGUCUACAGGUGGUGAUGGACUGCUGUUGCUGGCUCAAAGAGAGUAUAAGGUCCUGACCUAUCGCUCCCUCCAACCCCGACUUGACUUCACUGACCGUGAUGUAACUAGACUCAAAAACUACUACUACAGAGAUCAUGCUCUGAUGCUCUGGGAUGCCAUUCACAACUUUGUAUCCAGCAUGGUCUCUCUGUAUUACAAAGGAGACCAAGAGGUGGAGCAGGACUCUGAACUGCAGGCAUGGAUUAAGGAUGUGGUUGAUGAAGGCUUUGCCGACAUUCCCCACUUUGGUCUUUCUGAAAAACUAAAGAAAAAAGGAGAACUGGUCACUCUUGUGAGUGUGAUUAUAUUUACUGCUUCAGCACAGCAUGCAGCAAUUAACAAUGGACAGUUUGAUUAUUGUUCCUGGGUACCCAACACACCUUGCACCAUGCGUCAGCCUCCACCCAAAGACAAGGAUGCUGUCACUAUGGAGCUAAUCAUGGAAUCACUCCCAGAUAUCGGCCAGUCAUGUAUGGAGUUGGCAAUCACAUGGGUUCUGGGAAGGCGUCAGCCAGACGCAAUACCUCUGGCAAAGUAUGAGGACGAGUACUUUACAGAGCCAAAAGCCCAAAAGGUGAUUGACAGGUUCAGGGAGGAGCUAAAGGUCAUUGAAGAGCAGAUCCAGGAUCAGAACAAGGGCCUUGAACCUCAAUAUCUUUACCUCUGUCCUAGCCAAGUAGAGAACAGCAUUACUAUAUAG